AUGGUUACACAAAUUGUAACAAAACCAGCCAAGGAAUCAAAUGGGGAUGGCUCUACGGACUUUAAACGAAAGCGAAGCGUCACAGACACAGGGACUGAGUCUAACAAGAAACCGAGAGGCCCUGAGAGACGGAAGCCCCAGAGGGACGACACCAAUGCUCACCAAGGUUCUCUACCUCAGAUGUCAGUUGCCUCGUCCAAGUCCACGGCCCUGAAAAAGACUGCCUCCCAUGUUCUCGUGUCCCUCGAUCCCGGUACAGAGUUCUGCAAGGCGGCUAUCUACGUUUCCAAAGAGAAUGCAUCUCUGGCGGAAAUCGAAACGAGAACACUGGAGAGAGUGAUAUUUGCCGACGGCAGUACCAUUGUCCGAUCCCAAGUUGCGUUCCAGAACACGAUAGACAGACGUACUGGCCAGUCAAUCCGCACACCACUUUUUGGAUGCGAGGUGGAUAAGGCCCUCGAGAGGGAUGAAAUUGAGGCUCGCGAAGUCAUACGCCAUUUCAAACCCAUGAUAUACAAGGGUUUCAUGGCAAAACAGAGGAAGUCGAUAGACGAGGUAUCGGAGUUGCAAGGACGAAUGGAGAAAUUGCAUGUGGUGAUGGAACAAAACUUGACUGCUGUUAGCGAAUCCAGCACCAACAAGCGGCUAGACAAAAAUCCAAAAAAUCGAAAAGACUUGCAGAAACCCAUGGUCCACCUCGAGGUGUUUGCCCAGCUUCUACGGUGGCUUCUUCAGUGCGCCAUCAAUUUCGCAAUCGCAAAGCACGCCGAACUCCAGUGGCUCAGUCUCGAGCAGUCUUCAGACCUGGAUGAGCUGCUUGAAAAAACUCCAAACAUUCACAUUGCUAUCGCCGUUCCCGCCGACUGCUCAUUUGUUCACAAGCAACACAUUCUCGCAGCUGCCAAGAGUGCUGGUAUUCGACACCCCUGGCCGUACUUGGUGUCCGAGCCUGCAGCAGCGCUGGAAUACUAUUUGGCAACUCUAAGAGAAAAAGAUCGGUCGCCAAAGAGCUCAUACAUGCUCGUCGACAUAGGUGGAGGUUCCGCCGACUUACAGACUUGGUCAAUAAGAAGCGUGUCUCCAUUGAAAGUUGCCGAAAUGCUUCCAGCUGUGACAGAAUGGGUCGGUGGGUUCGAAGUCAACGGAGAUGCUGUGGCAUUUUUGAUGCAAGGGAUCGAAGAUGUCGACAAAUUGGUGUCCGAUACUCAAGCCACACGCAUCCAGUACGCGAAAUACCGGGUCGCGAAAUUGAAAGACAGAAUAGGGGCUCCUGGUCCAGAAACAGUCAGGAAGGUCAGGAGACGAGGAUUAACAAGAAGAAUGUUAGAAGAAGAGAUCGCAGAAAGUUUCGAACACCAAAAGAGGCGCCCUCCGAAUGCAUCCCACCGCCUCUUGAAAGUCAGCGGUGUUCCAUUCCUCAACGGGACCCCAUUUUGCGGUGGAUUCGGCAUUCAGAUGACGCACGAAACCAUGAAGACGGUUUACAAACGGAGCCUGGAUACCAUCAUUUCGACCAUAAUCCGUGCUCUAAACAGACUUGAAGCUGCCAAAGAUUCCCAAAAAUUCGUCGGAAAACAGGGCCUGCCCGUGAGCGAAAUUCUUGUUUGUGGUGGCGCCAGCUCCAACCAUUACAUUCAGCGUGAAAUCCGCAAAGCUGUGACCGGCACCUUCCCAGUCGUUGUCAACUUUUUGUUACCUCCGAAAACCACAAAAAACUUUCACCUCGUGGCCUUAGGUGGCCUGUUGCUGCUUGCGAAUCGAGUCACCACCAACAAAGAAUGA